CAAGCAGGGCCGCGGGUGCCGCGUACUGUUCGGUUGGCCAGCUGGACUCGGGUCCUGCUACCAGGCGGUGGUCCCCAAGAUGAAGGGGACCUGGGGCAGGAAAGGAUGAGCUGAGACACAGGAUCUUGUUUGGCGCCUCUGUUUAGUUUGUCCUUACUGCCUUUGUGAAGGAUAGUUCUCAACUGUGAUCCAAAGUCGCUGAGGACCAGGAGCCAAAAUGUCAUCCCAAUUUUUGAAGACAGCAAUGAGUUCUGGAGACAGAAUAAAUGAUGACGCAAUCAAACAGGAACGACCCUACAAGAUCUUUUUCAAAGAUCUCUUCCUUUUCAAGGAAAAUGAAAUGGCUGCAAAGAAAAAGGAAAGACUCAUGAGCCGCAACAUGAAAAUCUACCAAAAGACGACAUUUUCAUCUCGCAUGAAGAGUCGCUCACACCUCGGCCAGCUGGCUUUUUUUGCUGAAGCAGGCGGCGGCUCCUACGAAAGUUUGGGGCUAGACCCCACUCUUAUUCUCAGGCUGACAGAAGGAGCAGACAGAAAGAGGACUUUGCAAGAGUUUAUUCAUGACCAGAGAGACAGAUUUCUACUUGAGUAUGCAGUGUCAACCAAGAAAAGCACAAUUCAAAAGUUUGAAAAACUCAUUGCCAUGAAAGAAAAUCAACUCAGGAAAGCCGAGAUAAAGCUCCAAGCUGAUGCGUUAUCCUUUGAAGAGUUCCUUCGGGAAAAUGACCAGAGAUCGGUGGAUGCCCUUAAAAUGGCAGCACAGGAAACAUUAAACAAACUCCAAAUGACCACGGAGCUCAAGAAAGCAAGCAUGGAGGUGCAGUCAAUAAAGAGUGAGAUAGCCAAAACCGAGUUCCUCCUCAAGGAGUACAUGAAAUAUGGGUUUUUCCUGCUGAAGUUGUCUCCGAAACAUUGGCAAGUGCAGCAAUCGCAAAAACGAGCCCAGGCAUCAACGAGUAACCCCAUUCUCCCAAGAAUCAUAGAAAAAUUUUCAUUAGGUUCAGGUAAAAGAGAGAGCAGCGCCGAGUCAGACAGGGUAUCCUUAUCUGAAGAGCGUGGUACAAGGAAACCGAGCCAAGGACGGGGACAGAGGAAAUCUGCUUUCAACACAGAGUCUAGGAAGGCCUCCGGGUUCAUUCGGCCUGAAAGCAUGACCUCAGACGACAGUCUGGAGUUCUUCAUAGAGGAUGAGCUGCUGGAGUUCGAUCUGAUGCCGGAGAUUUACUUCAAGGAGCCAGAAGAGUUGCUCCAGGUCCUCACAGAGCUGGAGGAACAGAAUCUCACCUUGGUCCAGUAUUCCCAAGAUGUAGAUGAGAAUCUCGAAGAUGUCAACAAAAGAGAAAAGUUUAUCCAGGAUAAGAUAAAGGACAACAUUGAGUUCCUGCUGGAGCACAAGCAGAUCCUUAAGGCCAACUGUGAACGAGAGGAGGAAAAGGCUGCGGAAUUGGAGCUGAGGUCCAGGCUCUUCAGUUUCGGAGAAUUCAAUUCAGAUGCUCAGGAAAAGCUGAUAGACUCACUUAGUAAAAAGAUCAAUGAAGUAUACAGAGUCUGCAUCGGAGAUGCUGAGGUUGGCAGCCUGAAUGCAGUUCAAAAACUGGUCAAAGUAGAGUCUCGCCUGGUGGAACUCAGUGACCUCAUUGAAUCUAUUCCCAAAGAAAAUGUGGAAGCAAUUGAAAGGAUCAAACAGAAGGAGCGGCGGCAAAAGCUGCGUGAAGAGAAGAUGAAAGAGAAGCAAAGACACCAGGAGGAGCGGCUAAAAGCUGCCCUGGAAAGAGCAGUGGCACAGCCCAAGAAGAAGCUGGGAAGACGACUGAUCUACCGUUCAAAACCUCCAUCUGCUACCAAGCACGAGCUACUUUUAGUCAGUGAUACAAGAACAAAAUCACAGGAGGAAGAGUAUUUUUUUAGUUGAACAGGAGCAUGAAGACAUUUAAUUAGCAAAUGUUUUAUGUGAAUGUUGGCAUUCAAUGAUGUAAUACGUUCUAACAAAUUCCAGGAAGGCAGACCUUUACCCUGAGGCUUAUAGGAGUAGGAAUGGCAAUUGUUUCUUCUGUUAAAACUAUUACUCAUUGGUAUUAUUCCAUGAGCUAAGCAAUACUGCAUUUUAAGUUGUCACAUCCAAAGUCAAUAUACUAACAUAAUUACAUGAAUCGUAUUUUCUAAAGCAAUAAGGAAGUUCAUGGCUACAAGUAUACAUUUUAACAAUGUGUACUGUUCUUAGAAUAACUGGACAGGUUUAUACAGACUAUGGUCUUGAAUGAUGAAACUGGUUAUUUCACAGUAAGUUCUCAAAUACUUAUAAAAAACUUAUUAGUGAAAAAACCACACACCUUUAGCCUAAAUGUCAGUUUGUAUUAUGCACUGUCUCCAUAAUUAUUUCAGUUUUCAUGUUUUGCCUUAGGUGCAAUAUGUACAUUAUUUAAUCUUUAUUGAUAUAGAAAUAAUUAAUACUAUAUAUAUGUAAGUACUAAGAAAGUAUUUAACUUUAUGCAUGUUACAAGUGGUUUGAAAACCUUAAACACAGCUGCUUUAAGUCUCAGUACAAUUACAAUGGCUGAAACUCACCUUCAGAAAAAUUCUAAAGUAUAAACUUAUUUAUCUUUUGUACAAAAAAACCAGCAGUGGGCUUAUAAAAAUGAAACUGGGUGGCUUCUAAAGCAUUAGUUCUACGAAUUAUCCGUCAAUUAUUUCACCAUUUGCGCUCUGCAUAUGAAUCUGCAUAUAAAUAGUUCACAAGUCAAGUUGAAAAAAACCCAAAUCUUUAUUGUAUAGAAAUACAUAUAUAUAAAAAAAAACCCAAAACCCCAAAGAUGCUAUUCUCUCAUUUCCCCAUCUUCUUCCUCUUCUUCCACACCUCUGAUAUAAAGGACAUUAUUACACCUGUAACAGAAAAAUGGUCCGUUUUGAUGUUUCACUCAAACCAGACAUGAUCGUUUAGACUAGAUACUAAACUUACAGCUUGCCAUCCUCCUGUUGGUGCUAUACAGAUGUGUUUAAAAGCACACAGCACGUGUUUUUAUCAUCGUCAUCACAAUUACACCUCUACAACUUAUCAGAAUAUAGGUGGUUACUCAUUAAACACAACAGAAAUCCUUAGCAGCUAGACUCAACUAAAAUUCAAAUCCAAAGUCUGUAACCCAGGACACUGAAACAGGUUAUGGCUAAGGACCAGGAAAUGUAAUCAACAGUAGGAAAACCUGGAGGAUGGAUGAAUUAAUCUCCCAACAAAUUCGGUAAUUUUGAAGGCUUCUAAAGUCUAGAUGUAGAGUACUGUUAAGUCCUUUGCUUUUUUUCUUUAAAGUAAUCCCCCAACUAAAGGACUAAGCAGAUCACCAGUAACUCCUCACACACAAAUGCACUUAUUACCUUAUUAGAACUUCACCCAGAUGUCCAGACAAUGCACCAUCUAUGUAUUCUUCUGUAUUUGCAAGCUUUAGAUAAAGAGAAAGAUGUUAGUAUACCUACUCCCGGUGAGAGCACAUUAACUGAGACCACUCUACAACAACUCAGACUGUAUCUGUAAUUAGUAUGUAGAAGAUUAGCUUUCUAUUACUCUUGUGUAUCUGGAUCUUCUGUAUUCAUUAAGACAUGCAUGGUACAAAACUAAUGUAUAAUAAAGCUUGUUCCAAAGCCGUUAAA